AUGCGUGCCCCAUCCCCGCUCGUCCUGCGGAGCCUGGGCUCACGAGCCGGUCUGCGCACCUGUCGCCCAACACACUUCAGAUCUAACACCGCGACUCGAACUACAUCACGCUCAAUCGCUAACUACACACACCCUCACCAUGCCUCAGCACUCUCUGUUAUCCCGACAGCAGUCGAUACCUCGUCGGCUGAAUUCAAAGAGAACAGCCAACAGAUGCAAGAGCUCCUGUCCCGGAUGAAUCGCCUGCACACAGAUAUCUCCAAAGGCGGUCCUCAGAAAUCACGAGACAAGCAUGUCGCACGCGGUAAAAUGCUCCCCCGAGACCGUGUCUCAGCACUGAUUGACCCUGGAACAUCGUUUCUGGAGCUCUCCCCACUUGCAGGACACGGGGUAUACGAGGGUGAGGAUGUACCCGCUGGCGGAAUCAUCACUGGUAUAGGUACGGUUGAGGGAGUCAACUGCAUGAUUGUUGCGAAUGACAGUACCGUCAAGGGCGGCACCUACUAUCCUAUCACGGUGAAAAAACACCUUCGCGCACAGGCAAUCGCCCAAGAGAACAGAUUGCCUUGUAUUUAUCUAGUUGACUCUGGUGGUGCGAACCUUCCGCAUCAGGCGGAUGUGUUCCCUGACCGGGACCACUUCGGUCGCAUUUUCUAUAACCAGGCUCGAAUGAGCUCUCUCGGCAUUCCACAGCUUUCGGUUGUUAUGGGCCCUUGCACGGCCGGUGGUGCUUAUGUCCCUGCUAUGAGUGACGAGACAAUUAUCGUCGAAAACCAAGGUACUAUCUUUCUGGCUGGUCCACCACUUGUCAAGGCUGCUACGGGCGAGGUUGUUUCGGCCGAGGAUUUGGGUGGUGGUCUACUGCAUUCUACCAUCUCGGGCGUGACAGAUUAUCUGGCUGUUGACGAUGCCCAUGCGCUCAUUCUGGCUAGACGUUCGGUUUCCAACCUCAACUACCCUAAGACCAAAGCGCCCCUCGAGCUUGGGGAUGUGGUGAAGGAGCCAAUCUAUGACCCCAAUGAGUUGAACGGGAUUGUCGGCGUCAACCUUAGACGGCAAAUUCCCGCCCAUGAAGUUAUUGCCCGAAUUGUCGAUGGAAGCGAGUUCUCUGAGUUCAAGCGCGACUAUGGUACAACGCUCGUGACGGGCUUCGCACGGAUUCAUGGCCACCGAGUCGGUAUCGUCGCCAAUAAUGGCAUCUUGUUCUCCGAAUCGUCUCUCAAGGGCGCUCACUUCAUUGAGCUGUGUGCUCAGCGACGAAUUCCCCUCGUGUUCUUGCAAAACAUAUCCGGUUUUAUGGUGGGUGCAGAUGCCGAGAAGGGCGGCAUUGCGAAGAACGGUGCCAAGCUUGUAACCGCCGUUGCAUGUGCAGAUGUUCCGAAGUUUACAGUUGUCUUUGGUUCAAGUGCUGGUGCUGGAAACUACGGCAUGUGUGGCCGUGCCUACUCCCCUCGGUUAAUGUUCAUGUGGCCGAAUUCGAAGAUCGGCGUCAUGGGUUCUGAACAACUUUCUGCUGUCAUGGAAGCUGUUGGGAAGACUGUGGAUCCAGAUCUCAAAAAUCGGAUUGAUCACGAGUCUGAAGCUAUCUUUGCUUCCGCCCGUCUAUGGGACGACGGCGUCAUUCCACCAGCACAGACAAGGAGGAUGUUGGGUCUGGGAUUGGCAGCUGCCGUCAGUGGAAACCCAGAGCCAGAUGUUCAGACCAGAUUUGGAGUAUUCCGGAUGUAA